GACGAAAGAAAACAUAAAAAGUGUGCUAAGAGGAUUAGGUAACGACCCGACCCGAUCCGACCGGUUUAACCCACCCACCCACCCGGUAGAGCGUUCUAGAUAGAGUUCUCUUCCUCGCAAUAAAAAGAGAGUCGUGUGUGUUUCUAGUCUAUCUAUCUAUCUCUUCUGCAAUUCUUAGGGUUUUAUCAUCCAAAGUCACAUUCUUAUCCUCAAGAAAUGGCGGCGACACAACUAACAGCAUCACCAGUGACAGUGUCAGCCAGGAGCUUAGCCUCGCUUGAAGGUCUCAGAGCUUCGAGUGCAAAGUUUGGAACUUUGAAACCAGGCACCUUUAAGCAGAGCCAGUUCCGUUCUUUUGUUGUCCGAGCUGCUUCUGUCGUUGCUCCUAAGUAUACUUCAAUUAAGCCAUUGGGAGAUAGAGUUUUGGUGAAGAUCAAGGAGGCAGAGGAGAAGACUAUGGGAGGUAUCUUACUUCCAUCUACUGCUCAAUCAAAGCCUCAAGGAGGAGAAGUCGUUGCUGUCGGUGAAGGAAGAACUAUUGGGAAGAAUAAAAUCGAUAUCACUGUCCCUACUGGAGCACAAAUCAUUUACUCCAAGUACGCUGGAACUGAGGUGGAGUUCAACGAUGAGAAGCAUCUCAUUCUCAAGGAAGAUGACAUUGUUGGCCUUCUUGAGACAGAGGACAUCAAAGAUCUCAAGCCCUUGAAUGACCGAGUCUUCAUUAAGGUUGCUGAGGCAGAGGAGAAAACAGCUGGAGGGUUGUUGCUAACCGAGACUACCAAAGAGAAGCCUUCUAUUGGCACAGUGAUAGCAGUUGGACCAGGUACUCUAGAUGAGGAAGGUAAGGUUCAGCCGCUAUCGAUAUCCACUGGAAGCACAGUUCUUUACUCCAAGUAUGCGGGUAACGACUUCAAGGGCAAAGAUGGUUCAAACUACAUUGCUCUGAGAGCUUCAGAUGUGAUGGCUAUCCUUUCUUAGUUUAUUAUAUCUUUGUAAACCUGCAAUUUGUAUCCCCAAUUGUGGAAAUUUUUUUCAUAAACGGCCUGAGAACAUAAUCUGAAAUAAAGACUUGAGUUUGAUUCUUCA